GCUGCGAACACAAGAAGAUAGAAUGGUGGGAAUGGGAUCUUUCGAACAUGAUCUUCGGGGGAAUUUCGACCGAAGCGAAAGAUGAGUCCCGCCCUUCCAAGCUAGCCCCAAGGUAUGAGGCACGUACCCCAGACCUCCCAACAGACAUACAAACAUCCCUCAACCUAUCAGUGCACUGUGAACUUCACCCUGAUCUGAUCCAACCUCAUUGAAUCACAAUGCUGCCUGAAUCCACCACCGUUUUGAUCGUCGGCGCAGGUCCUGCAGGCCUUUGUUGUGCAGUGUCUCUCCUUGCGCAUGGUGUGAAGCCAGCAGACAUCACCGUCGUCGAUGCACAACCGGCGGGUCUCAAUUUGUCACGAGCAAUCGUCAUACAUGCACAGACGUUAGAGGACCUUGCUUCCAUCGGUGCAGCAGAGCCAAUUGUCGCUCGAGGUUUUCACUCCAAAUACAUGAGAAUCCAAGCGCAGACGACGGUUCUGGCACGCGCCAACUUCCCAAGUCUCGAGUCUUACACUCAGUUCCCGUAUGCGCUAUUGAUUUCGCAAGCGGAUACAGAACAACUCUUGCUCGAGAAACUAAAGAAGCAAGGGGUUGUCAUACACAGACCAUGCAAGGUGACAGACAUGCAUGGCUCGGAUGAUGGUCUUCGAGUCGCUUUCGAGGGAGGUGAGGUGAUGAGAGCACGCUUUGUCGUUGGUGCUGACGGGUCACGAUCCACGAUCAGAAAGUUAGCCAACAUCCCAUUCCGUGAUCCCUCCACAGGAAAGGACCCUCACGGUCAAUCUCAAGUAGAAACUACCGAGCCAUAUGGGUUUAACUCCUUCGCGCCGUUAAUCAUUGCCGACGUCUAUCUUGCUGGGCACAUACCCCCAUCAGUCAGUCUGACUGAUCUCAACACCUUCAUGAGUCAAUACGGUUACCUGUUGGUUGCCCCCUUGCCAGCUGCACUCGAUGAUCCAGAGGGACGAACCAUCUUUCGUUUGUCAUGCGCUGCUGAGCCCGGCGCCAAAGAGAUCACCAAAGCGCGACUUCAGCAGGUCCUCAAGGCAUCAAUUGGACUUCCUGACGAGCAAACCCCGAUAAUUGAUACGAUCCUCUGGUCAUCAACUUUCCGAGUUAAGUCCGCUGUAGCGGACAAAUUUUUCCAGCGCCUGGCCGGGGGCGUCGUGGCGUUGGUCGGAGAUGCAGCUCAUGUUCAUUCACCGGCGGGGGGACAGGGUAUGAACCUUGGUCUCCGUGAUGCAGUCAGACUGGGGGAGAUCCUGGCGGACAUCACGCGAUUCGAUAACACCGAUGCGACAGUCUCUGCAAAGAGAGCUUAUAUCGCUGAGCGUUUGGGUGCUUUUUCGGAUGAGCGCAGGUCGAUGGCGAUAGAGGUGAUUAAGAUGACGAAGCUAUUGACUUGGAUGACAGGGUUGCAAAGCGUGUUUGCACGUACGGCACGCAAUAUCAUCUGGUGGUUGAUGGGCAGGACGAGUCUUGUCAACAACGGGUUCGCCUGGAGACUCAGUGGCCUUCGGCCUGGGACAAAAGCGAAGCAGCAAUAGAUUUAGGCUCUCGAUAUCAUACGCAUGUAUUUUUGUUCAACUUUCACUCACCGCUGAUAGGUAGAACUGGGGUCUGAAUACUAUUUCUCCUUGGGAUUACUACGGUAAACGGGUAACAAGUACACGAGACUGUGUGUGUUCCCUGAGGCAUCCAGAGACUGUGAAUCCCAAUGCAGCGGCUUCCUAGAGAACGCGUUAGUCAUCAGACUACCUAAAAUACAUAAUAGGAUCAAUC